UCAUAAUUUUGAUAUUUUCAGAAUCCAGGUCGAUAAAAAUGCCGAAAGCUGCAAAUAAAAAGCGCGCGUUUAUUGAUAAAAAGAAUGCGGUCAGCUUUCAGCUUAUCCAUCGGUCACAGCAGGAUCCGCUGGCAGCUGAUGAAGAUGCCCCUCAGAUGAUCCUUCAGAGGAUUAACAAGGACAAGGUUAAGGAGGAGGAGAGGAAGUUUGGAGUAUUCUAUGAGGACGAUUACAACUAUCUGCAGCACUUGAAGGACAGGACCAAGGUGGAGCACGACUGGGAGGCCGCGGACAGGUUUAUUCUUGAGAGAGGAGAACGGGAUUCAGCGUCGACCCCUGAACCCAGUAUCAAGGAUGCGAAGACCAGGGUGGGUGAGACUAUAUCUCUACCCCGGGUGGUGUUCCCGUCUAAUGAAGAAGAAGAAGUCGGUUUACUAAACAAAGCUGCCCCAAGAGGUCUCGACCUGAGUCUGGAUCCGGAUGUGGUCGCUGCUAUGGACGACGAUUUCGACUACGAAGAUCCUGAAAACGAGCUCGAUGAUGAUUUUAUCCUGAAGGCUAUGGGAGAGGGGGAGGAUGAUGAUGAUGAUGAUGAUGAGGGGGAGGAAGGGAGUGAUCAGGAUUGGGAGUCUGAUAGUGAUCGUAUGGGAGGAAGAUCGGAGGACGAGGAUGAGGACGAGGUGAGAAAGUGUUUAAUUUAUUCUUCUUGAGGUUUUAGUUUUGGU